AUGCCUGGAUUGCGCUGCAGCACGCGGGUCUGUCAUGUUAUCCGCUGCUUUAUAAUGUCGUCUCCUUAUUUCAUGCAGAGCAGCUCUGUUGUCACUAGGAAUGGGAUCCGACAGGCUGGCUUCACUUCUGCAGCCACCCUCACAGCAAAACUUACCAACAGAAGAAGAUAUGUUGAUCCAGUUUCCUCCGUGGCGGUGAAAGUGGAGGAGGAGGAGGCGAAGAUUUCUGUGCAAGGACCCUCCUCGGCUCCCUUAUCAAUGGGUGCCUGUCCUGAACCCCUCUCCAAUGACAUACCCCUUUUAAAAUCAGAGACAGUUACUGUACCACUGUCUUCACACAGUCGCAGGAGAAGACAGCUGAAGGUGGAAUAUGAUGAGGAUAAAGGUGUUAAAUCAGUGAAGACAGAGCACUGGGAACCUUCUGACUGGAAGAAACAACUGGGAUACAUUCGUGAGAUGAGGAGUAGCCGGGAUGCACCAGUAGAUAAAAUGGGAGCAGAGAAAUGCUACGACACAGAGGCUCCUGCACAUGUGCGACGUUUCCAGGUGUUGGUAUCUCUCAUGCUUUCCAGUCAAACCAAAGAUCAGGUGACAGCAGCAGCGAUGCAAAGGCUCCGAGCUCAUGGCUGCACUGUAGAAAAUCUUCUCUCUACUGAUGAUGACACCUUGGGAAAACUUAUUUACCCAGUUGGCUUCUGGAGGAAUAAGGUGAAGUACUUGAAGCUGACGUCAGCCAUGCUGCAGAAAGAGUUUGGAGGGGACAUCCCAGACAGUGUGGAGGGGCUAGUCCGCCUUCCAGGAGUUGGACCUAAGAUGGCUCACUUGGCUAUGGACAUAGCCUGGGACCAGGUGUCCGGCAUUGGUGUGGACACACAUGUGCAUCGUAUCUCCAACAGGCUGGGCUGGCUGAAAAAAACAACCAAAAAUCCAGAGGAAACACGCAGGGCUCUGGAGGAAUGGUUACCCAGGGAGCUGUGGAGUGAAAUCAACUGGCUGCUUGUGGGUUUUGGACAGCAGGUUUGUCUUCCCGUCAACCCUCUGUGCUCGGUGUGUCUGAACCAUCACAGCUGCCCGUCUGCAUUCAAGAACUCUCCGACAAAGAAGCCUAAAGCUGGAUCCCCCAAGUCUCCAAGUCCAACCAAAUCCUUUAAAACAAAAACUGAAUGUAAAGAAGAAUCUCCCAUCAUAGAUGAGAGGACAGAAACUGAGCCUUUGUCCACGCCUGUUUCCCCCACCACACAGAGGAAGAAGGUAAAAAGAGCAGCAAGGCAUUAACUAAGUUCUCCUGAGUUCAGGACGAGAACUGUAACCCAUAUGCACCAACAUUUAUAACAUAUAAAUAAGCUAAAAAACUCCCUAGGUGGUUCACAGUUGAGGGGGGUUUAUUUUUUAUCAAAUGUAUAUUUGGACACUAUUAGAAUACGGUUUACUUUUUAUGAGAUGUGAUAUUUUUGUACAGUUACUGCUUUGAUCUUUGUUAUUAAAAAUAUAUCUA